GGUACCUGACUCUGUGCUUUUCCAGAACAUCACACUUAGAGACAGACAGACACACACACACACACACAGAGACACACACAUACAGACACACACACACACACUGGAGACCACAGGGAGGAAGAAGCUAUCUUAAAGGCUGCAGGAUUGGGAAACUCUGGGUGGGGCUGACCCUGGCUCUAGCCUGUGCUUCAGUCUUCACCAGAUCCUAGAACCACCAUGUCCCCGUUGGCCAUUAUCUUCCUGAGCUUUGGAUUGUGGCUACAUCAGUGGAUCGGAGCCCAGGAGGCCACACUGCCCAGACCCAGCCUCUGGGCUGAUCCAGGACCUCUGAUCCCUCAGAAGAGAUCUGUCAUCCUCCGGUGCAGGGGAUUUCCUGGGGCUGAAAAGUAUCGCCUGAGGAGAGAAGGAGGCUCUCCGGACAGAGAUGUGUCCACAGCUGGGACCGAGGCCGAGUUCCCCAUCUCUUCUGUUACAUCUGACACAGUGGGGCAUUACCGCUGCCUCUAUAUGAGCCAAUCCCAUUGGUCAAAGCCCAGUGAGCCUGUGGAGCUAGUGAUGACAGACUGGUAUGAUAAACCCUCCCUCUCAGCCCUGCCCAGCCCAGAGGUGGCCUCCGGAGAGAAUGUCACCCUCCGGUGUCGAUCCAAUCAGUGGUUUGAGAAAUACGCACUCCACAAAGAGGGAGGGGCCAUUUCCCAGAGCCAGGGAAGCUGGUACCACGCUGACUUCCUCAUCCCUGCAGUCAAGGUUGCUCACCAAGGCUCUUACAGAUGCUACAGCCUUCACAGGGAGUCUCCCUAUGAGUGGUCAGCCCCCAGUGACCCCCUAGAGCUCAGGGUCACAGAAGCCACUGAUGACCCCCAGCUUCAAAAUUCCAGAAAUCCCUGGAAUUCAAGCAACUCCACAUCUGAUGUUCCUCCCCAGGAUUACCAGGUGGGAAACCUCAUCCGCUUCAGCCUGGCAGGGCUGGUCCUCAUCAUGUUGGGGCUCCUGCUGGCAGAAGCCUGGCACAGUGAGAGGCGGCACCGAGAAGCAGCCCAGAAGCCACUGCCCCCACUGCCUGUCCAGCCCAAAAAGCAAGGGGGAUCAGUGAAUUUGUAACAAGGUUUCCCACUGUUUCUCUCCUUGCCUACCUUAGAAGCUGACCAGCAGGCUUCCCCAUUCCAUAGUUUCUGACUCUUUGCCCAGAUUCAAUAAAGGGAGCCUUGGCUACAC